GUUUCUUUAGAAACUUACCCCCUUUAUAAAUUAAAAUUCAACCGAGGGAGUUUUAAUUUCCUGAAUGUCCUCCGCCUGAACAAUUAAUAUCCGGUGAUUUUAAGUGCAACUGGCAAAAUUGGCAUAAUCUUUUGUGAUGAAUGCGCGUCUACGAAUAGAAAGUUUACUGAAUCGAGGCCAGGACAACUUAACGUAAUGGUCAGAAAAGUGGAAUUUGCCCAAGUACAAAAACUGGUGUCUGAUUAUUGUCGUAAGCUGUCACGGAUUCUCUCUUGAACAAAUUACCUAUAGACUACUAAAUUGGGCUUGUAGUUAAAACAACUCUAAGUAAACAAAAAGCGAAACCUUGAUUGCUUUAUCUGUAAUUGGGUGCCCCUUUAAAACACGCGUUUCCCCUUUCUCGAUGCAAACUAAGGCGGAAUCAAUUGAAAUGAAUCACCUUCACGUCCAGAUCAAAACUGUAACAUAGAAAAAAAUAUAUGGCGUCAAUAUUCAACCACACUGACUUCUGGCACUUAAGCGGCAACGCUGCAGCAAACAUACUUCUCAAGAAUCAACAGAAUUUAGUAGUUAUUUUGGCUUGGAUUCAAGGUAUCAUUUUAUGCGCAAUGUCGCCUCUAAUCACCUUUGGGAAUGCGUUUGUGGUCUUUGCAGUAUGGAAAGAUCCAUUGAGAAAGUUGCGCUCAUCACCUUCGAAUUUCAUUCUUCAAUCGAUGGCUGUCGCCGACUUAUUUGUUGGUUUGGUUUUGUCCCCGCUCAACGCAUACUGGAUUUUGACAAUAGCCGUCGAUAAAAAGCUCGCGUUUCCAUUACACGUAACAAAUUCCCUUGGAACUACCCUAGUCGGAGCAUCGCUGGCACAUCUUAUGCUUUUGUCGAUGGACAGGUUUUGCGCAGUUGUAACGCCUCUGAGGUACAAAGCCAUCAUUACCUGUCGACGUGUCAACCAGGCAUUGUUUCUUGUGUGGUGUUACUUUAUCUGCUUUGGAAUCGCAGCCUUCUUGUUUGAAAACAAGUUCUUCAUAAUAAGCCUUGUAUUUGGGAUUCAAAUGGUAGUCCUUCUAAAUAUCACUUUUGAUCUAUACAUUUUUAUUCUGUAUCAACUUUAUAAAUACAACAAACUGUGGAAAAGGAGGAUCAUGGGCAACAGCGUACGAGUCUGUCAUAGAAGUUUCACCGAUAAAGAAAUGAAUCUUGCGAAAAGAUUAAUGAUUGUAAUUGCUGCAUCGCUGUUCGUCAUAACCCCAUUUUGUGUGUUGACAGGCUUAGUGUAUUUCUGUAUCCCUUGUUACUCUGAACCAAAGGUGUUAAUCUCGGCGAUGGUAUUGGAGUCAACAUUUACUUAUUUGAACUCUGUUAUGAAUCCCUUUAUGUUUUGUUGGCGACUCGAGAAGUACAAGCAAGUGUGGAAAUGUUUUGUUGAAAGGAUUUUUCAGGGUUGCACUAAGAUCAAGAAAAGAUUCAAACGGAACCAGAGCUUCGAUACAAAAUUGUAGCGAGGUAGAAUAAGCAAUAACUGACCAAAAGCUGGGAACUGUCCUCCAG